AUGGCUUCAUCGUCUGAGGAACCACCACAGCAGCCACAGUCAGUGAAGGACUGUCUUUACAAGACCAAGCUCAUUCAAUUCUUGGACCGCACUGCCCCUAUCGUCCUCCAGAACGACAAUGGCCCCUGCCCUCUCCUCGCCAUCUGUAAUGUUCUCUCCCUGAGAAACAACCUGAACUUGAGUGCAGACACUACAGAAGUCUCUCAAGAAAAGUUACUCACACUCGUUGCUGAAAGAUUAAUUGAUUCUAUUGAUAAUAAAGAUGCUGUUGCCGAUGCUAUCGAUCUACUCCCUCGCCUUGCAACCGGAAUCAACGUCGACAUAAAAUUCACAAGGAUAAGUGAUUUUGAGUCUACUCCAGAACGUGCAAUAUUUGAUCUGCUAGACAUCCCACUAUAUCAUGGCUGGAUAGUUGAUCCCGUGCUAAAUGAGACUGCUAAUGCAAUUGAGUCCAAGUCCUAUAAUACUCUUAUGGGGGAGCUUGUUGCAAUGGAAACACAAAGUAUGACUGCAACACUUGGUGUACCUUCCCCAAGCCUUUCUAAAACUAGAUAUCUUGUUGAGUCUCCACAUUCAGCUUCUUCUGAUGAACCAAAGGUAAUUAAAGCAGGAGACCGUGAAGAAGAAGCAGAGUUGUUAAUGGCCUUACAAAUGUCUAUGGGUGAGCUUUCAACUUCAGUGGGUGAUCCUGAAUGCAGUAAUUCUCAUCAGUCAGAACUGUCUGUACAACAAGGGGAAUUGAUCAGGACUUUUUUGAAGAACAAUGCUAGUCAAUUGACUUACUAUGGCCUUUUCUGCUUACAAGAUGGCCUUAAAGAGCAGGAGCUCUGUGUUUUCUUUCGAAACAACCACUUCAGUACCAUGUUUAAGAUCAAUGGAGAAGUUUAUCUUUUGGCAACUGAUCAGGGUUAUCUGAAUCAGCAUGAUUUGGUGUGGGAAAAGCUUAAUGAGGUGAAUGGAGAUACAUUGUUCAUGACUGGCAAUUUCAAGGAAUUUAAAGUUGAUAACCAAUCACAUGAAAAUUGGACCACUGCCGACUACCUUGCCAGCAUUGAUAGUGCAGCUUCAGCAGGCUUCGAUAUAAAUUCCGAUCUGCAAUUGGCAAUUGCUCUGCAACAACAGGACAACUGUAGCGGAAAUUCCACGAAGCUUGACGAUGGAGAAAAGAGUGGUCUAGUUCUGACUCCUCCUCAAGUUCUUGAAGGGUCCAAGAAAAAAACUGUUCUUGUCAAUUUCAUGGAGUACUGUAGGGCUAUGGUUAGGGAGCCGGAUCAUGUAAUGAGUUUCAUGCUUGCGGAAUUGGACACGAGUGGAUCGCUUGAUGAACAGCUGAGGUUAGUUGUGAAGGGAAGAUUUUUGCCUAAGAAGUUCGGAGCAAUCUUGCGGAAAUAUGUCAAUCAAUAUGUGAUUUGCUUCGCAUGCAGACGUACAGACACUCGACUUUCGAAAGAAAAUCGGCCCAAGUACCAUCUUAUAUGCGAGUGGUGUUGUGCUUCGCGAUCAGUUGCUCCUAUUAAAGCUGGUUUUGUUGCCAAAGUUGGAAACAGGAACAGUGCGGCAUGAUAUGUUCUGAGACUUGAUUAUACUAACCAAUGGCUAUUACUCUUAAAUCAGUUAAGAGCGAAAUUUGAGUUUGAGUGAGGAUCUAGUUUUGGUGUUUAAGUUUUAGUAGAUUAAACCUUUGUUUACCUAUUGUUAUUGAUCAAUAACAUGCAAGUGUGCGAGUAUCUUUCUAAUUUUUAGCUUUCGGUA